AUGGGCCAUUUUGGCAUGUUCAAAGCAAGCAAGUACCGCAACCUCCUUGGGGCGACGGCCCCGCGCGCCGAGUGGUACGAGGAGCUGCAGCUGGACGCAGGCCGCCUCGACCUGUACCCGCUGACGGCGUCGACGUCGACGCUCGCGUUCGCGUCCCAGUACAACGCCGGCGCGGUCAUCGAGGUCAAGGAACUGGGCCAUGUCGGCAAGGCCAACGCGCAGUCGGCGCCGGUGCGGCUCCUGCGCGGCCACACGCAACGCGUCAACGCUAUCGCCUUCUCGCCCUUCCAGACGUCUCUCUUGGCCUCUGGCGGCGACGAAGGUCUCCUCAAGCUCUGGCAUCUCGCCGACGAUACCUGCGCAUGGACCAGCGAGAGCUUCAAUGAGAAGAUCCUCUCGGUAGCCUUUCACCCGUCGGCAAACGACGUUCUUCACGUCGCCACGUCGACGGGGCUGCACCUCGUGUACCUCGACACGUCGACAUCGACGGCCAUCGGCGUCCAUCCCAAUACCAUCACGGGGGCAACAUGGAACGACGACGGGAGUCUCGUGCUGUCCGUCUGCCAGGACAAUGUCGUACGUGGCUGGGAUCCUCGGACGGCGACCGAAGCGCUCUCUGCGCCGAUGCAUCAAGGCCGCAAGGCCGCCAGCAUUGCGUUUGCCUAUGACAUGUACUGCGUCACGGCCGGGUUUAGCAAGCUCCAGGAACGUGAGCUUUUCCUGUGGGACUUGCGGUCGAUGACGAGACCGAUGGGGCGCGAGCGCGUCGACACGAGCACCGGUGUCUUGCUGCCGCUGGUGGACCCCGAUACGAAGCUGCUCUUCCUCGGCGGCCGAGGCGACCGCAGUGUCAAGGCGUACGAGAUCCAGCAAAAGGCCCCGAUCUUUGCGCCGCUGCAGACGACCGCGGUCGCCACCUCGACGUGGGGCCUCACGCGGCUGCCCAAGCAAGCGUGCGACACGCGUGAGUGCGAAGUCGCUCGGGUGCUCAGCGUCGGCGCCGGUACGAUCGAACCGAUCUCGUACACAGUGCCACGCAAGGAAGCUGCCGCUGUGUUUCAGGCCGACCUGUACCCAAACACGCGCGGGGCAACACCAGCGCUCUUGGCACCGCAGUGGCGCGACGGCGCAUCGGCACCGCCAGUCUUGGAGCCCGUGCGGCCGACAUCGGCGUCACUCGUGUCGAGACCAACGACGGCGACGACGACGAAUAGCGCUGUAUCCGGCUGGAGCACGGGCAACUGGGUACCACCGGCUGCAGCCAGCUCCGCACCGGCACUGACAGCGUCGGUAUCGACAGCUCCGUCGGGCUGGGACACGAUGCCCACGCGUCAACUUCAGCCAGGCACCUCGACGCGCACCGAGGAGCUGCCACGCGCGGUGGUGCCAUCAGCACCUGCUGCGCUACCGCCGGCUACCGAGACGACACCGGCAGUGACGACCAAGGUACCCGUUGCACCGACACCGACACCAGUCGCAGGGCCGACGCAGUGGGCACCGCCCGUGACGGCAUCGGCGCCCGCACCACCACCGGCUGCGUCGGCAUGGAAGUCGGCGAGCGGGUGGGGCGCGGUGCCCGACACGGUGAUUUUGUCAACGCCGGCGCCGCCACCGUCGACGACGACCGAGCUCUCGGAGAAAGCCAAGCGUCUCGGCGCACUCCAAGGCCACAAGCUCAAGUACUUGACGGGGCGUCCGGACGCGCGGUCCGAGUCGUUUUUGAAUGUUGCUGGCGACGGCAACGCGCUUGCGACCAACGGGGUCGUGUGGGCAGCGUCGGCGCCCGGCACGGGCGGUCCCAUCCACGUCCAUCCCUUGGACCAAAAGGGCAAGGUGACGGCGCCCCGCGUGCUGCAGCAGCACAAGGCGUCCGUGACCGACCUCGCGUUUGCUCCGUUCGCAUCAAAUGUCCUCGCGUCGGCGUCGGACGAUGUCACGAUCAAUCUAUGGGAUACGACCAGCGAUGCGUGCGUGGCGACACUCUUGGGCCAUACCAAGGGCGUGCGCUGCUUGAGCUUUCACCCGACAGCGGCAAAUGUGCUGGCGUCCGGCGCACUCGACGCAACCGUCCGGCUCUGGGACGUGGAAACGGGUGUUACCCGCCAAAUCAUCGACAAAUUUGACGAAUCGCCCUUUAAUGUGUCGUUCAAUGCGGAUGGGUCCCUCUUUGCGACGAUCACGCGCGACAAGGUUCUCCGCGUCAUCGACCCGCGGCUCAACCAAACCGUCGGCAUGGCCUGUGCCCAUGCGGGUAGCAAGGCCCAGCGCGUGACGUGGUGCACGCAGCAAGCGUCGUCGCUGCUGUUUACGGUCGGGUUUAGCGCGCGGAGUGAGCGCCAGAUUUGUCUCUACGACGCACGCAACCUCUUGGAUCCGGUUGUGACCACCACCAUUGAUACGUCGGGGAGUGCGCUGUUGCCGCUGUACGAUAGCAGCUCGAACGUCAUGUACCUUGUCGGGCGUGGCGACCGCACGGUCUUGUGCUACGAGAUAGACACGGUGCAACCCGCGCUCUUGCCGUGCUCGAUCUACUCGUUCAACGGACCAACGAUUUCAGCGGCGGCCUUCUUGCCCAAGCAGCACUGCAACAUCGAGGACGUCGAAGUGUCUCGGAUGCUCUUGCUGACGUCGGGCGCGACGAUCGAACCUGCUGCGUUCGUCUUGCCCCGCGCCGAGAAGCUCAAGACGUAUUUUCAAGACGACGUGUACGGCCCCGUGCCAUCCAACGACGCCAGUGUCUCGGCCGCCGACUGGUUCCUCGGUGCUUCUGCGCCGCCCAACUACACGUCGUUGCAGCCGCCGGGUAUGCUCAAGCUCAGCGAGAAGCCGCCCGAGGCCGCCGUCGUACCCAAAGUGGUCAGCUUCCAGGCACAGAAAGAGCGCGAGCUGCAGGAGAAGAGAGACCGGGACGCUCGAUUCGAACGCCUCCACUCGCUCGCGUACCAGCCGUCGCUGCAUGCAAACGCGACGCAGACGGCGACCGACGUCGACAGCGACGACGGCUGGGACGACUAG